AGCCUCCCAAUCUUGCGCCUACCUCUCGAGCUGCACCGAGACAUUCUCGACCGCCUUGACUUCCAUGACAGGAUCUGUCUCGCCAUGACCAGUCGGUACUUUUAUUCCAUCGUCAAACCACCUACUCACGAGGACUUCUUGGAAGCUGAAACCCGCGAAUGGGCAAUCAACAGGGCUCUGUUUGCUUGCAAGGCAUGCAUCCAAUUCCAACCACUGCAAUGCUUCGCCGACGAGAUGAGGAAGGGGAAGCGGGCGAGGCAUGGGAAGGAGGCCAGCACAAGAUUUUGUAUCAAAUGCGGGGUCGAGCGAGGCUGGUACUCCCUUGGUACGAAUAUCAAGAUCCACGGUCAACCUUUCGUGCUAGGUCCCCUCUGCAGCACCCUCACCGAUCGC